AUGGAAAAUAUUAAAUAUGAGCAUAAAAAAUAUAAGAAAAAUGCCUUUAAUGAUGCAAACUCAAACAAAGCUUUCACAACAAAAAGGAAAAAGAAAAAAAUCACCACAAAGGCAGAAAUACGUAAAGUAAAAACAAUUAAUACCGUAGACGAUUCUAGAGCAUACAGAGCAGCCUUAGAAAACGAAGAAAUUUCUUAUUUAGUUAAACCGAUUUGUAUAGAGAGACACCUUCAAGAUAAACCCCGCUUUCAAUUUUACUAG